CCAUCUCUUGUUCGAGGGAGACCAUGCCCUGCUCAGAACUGACGUGUACUUGUCUGCUGCUAGUGAAUCUACUCCUUGGAGCAGAUGGAUAUUGCCAGUACAAAUGGCGGCGAUGCUACUUCAACUCGAUAGAUUUGACUGAUAUGGUUUAUGUUGAGUCCCUCUUUUACAAUAAAAUGGAAUUCUUAGUGUUUAACAGCACUGUUGGUUGGUUUGUGGGCUAUUCAGCAUUAGGUAUGCGUUUAGCAAAAGCGUGGAAUCAUGAUAAAUUCUUCCUGCCAUUUGCGCGGAAUUCUGUUGACAGAGUCUGCAAACAAGCCAAUGAGGAGGCCCUCAAAAGCUAUGGAGGUGACAUAACAGAUACACCAAAACACACAGCUUUUGCAGCUGAGCCCAGAGUGGAGCUGAGUUUGGGGAAGCCUUUCACCGACAAUCACCCUGGCAUGCUGGUGUGCAGUGCGUAUGACUUCUUCCCAAAGAUGAUCCGUGUGACCUGGUACAGAGAUGGUCGGAAGGUGACCAGCGAUGUCUCGGCCACAGAGGAACUGGCGGAUGGAGACUGGUUCUAUCAGAUCCACUCCUACCUGGAGUUCACCCCCAAACCUGGAGAGAAGAUCACCUGCGUGGUGGAGCAUGCUAGCUUUAAAGAGCCCAGAGAGUUUGUCUGGGAGUCCACCAUGCCUGAGGGGGAGAGGAACAAGAUGGCCAUUGGAGCUGCUGGAAUGGUGCUGGGACUGGUGGUCUGUGCUGCUGGACUGCUCUACUACAGGAAAUCGUCUCAAGGGUGGACGAUGGUUCCUGUAACAGCCUCUACUUCGUGACCUUCUUCAUGUUCCUCUUUAUCCUCUGACGCAUCACAGGCCUCUUUACAGCUCAUUGUUCAGGAUUAUUUCAUCAUAAUUCUAAGGUUUCGUGUCUCUUAAAAAUGUACAAAUCAGUAAUAUAAUGAACAAAAUGUUAUCUAAAAAUUCCAACUAGAUGUGACCUACUGUAUGUAGUAAUCAAUGGCAUGUAAUGAGAUUAGUUUGAAGUAUGAUGGGCAACACAGGUUUUUGAUAAUGUAAUCCAUGUAGAUUUUGUGUUUUAUAAGUUAAAAUUAAAAAAAGAUGAUCUUG